AGACUUGAUUCUAGCCUGGAGCCCGACCUCACCUCUGCUCUGCUGGAUCUGCUGGCCUCAGCACGAAAAACCACAACCCCCGAAAGGCCUUAAGGAUCCUGGGCGGGGUCAUUCUGUCAAUUGGUUGUUCCGCUGUCCUAGCGAAGCGAUGAUUGGUCAGAUCUGGAGAUGCGGUGUGGCUAAGGCUGUUUGCCGGAAUAAGAGCAGAGCCAGGGCCAAGAAACGCUAGUCUGAGCGUUUAGGUCAGAACUACCCCAGUAUCCUGACAGCAGGAGCUCGAGAGAAGCAUGGCUCAGCGGUGCGUUUGCGUGCUGGCCCUGGCGGCUGUGCUGCUCCUAGUUUUCCCCACCGUCUCCAGAUCGAUGGGCCUGAGGAGCGCGGAGCAUCAAAGGGCGUCGCGAAUCCCUUCUCAGUUCAGCAAAGAGGAACGCGUCGCGAUGAAAGAGGCGCUGAAAGGUGCCAUCCAGAUUCCAACAGUGACUUUUAGCUCUGAGAAGUCCAAUACUACAGCCCUGGCUGAGUUUGGAAAAUACAUUCAUAAAGUCUUUCCUACAGUGGUCAGCACCAGCUUUAUCCAGCAUGAAGUCGUGGAAGAGUAUAGCCACCUGUUCACUAUCCAAGGCUCGGACCCCAGCUUGCAGCCCUACCUGCUGAUGGCUCACUUUGAUGUGGUGCCUGCCCCUGAAGAAGGCUGGGAGGUGCCCCCAUUCUCUGGGUUGGAGCGUGAUGGCGUCAUCUAUGGUCGGGGCACACUGGACGACAAGAACUCUGUGAUGGCAUUACUGCAGGCCUUGGAGCUCCUGCUGAUCAGGAAUUACAUCCCCCGAAGAUCUUUCUUCAUUUCUCUGGGCCAUGAUGAGGAGUCGUCAGGGACAGGGGCUCAGAAGAUCUCAGCCCUGCUACAGUCAAGGGGCGUCCAGCUAGCCUUCAUUGUGGAUGAGGGGGGCUUCAUCUUGGAUGAUUUCAUUCCUAACUUCAAGAAGCCCAUCGCCUUGAUUGCAGUCUCAGAGAAGGGUUCCAUGAACCUCAUGCUGCAAGUAAACAUGACUUCAGGCCACUCUUCAGCUCCUCCAAAGGAGACGAGCAUUGGCAUCCUCGCAGCUGCUGUCAGCCGAUUGGAGCAGACACAAAUGCCUAUCAUAUUUGGAAGCGGGACAUUGGUGACGGUAUUGCAGCAACUGGCAAAUGAGUUUUCCUUCCCUGUCAAUAUAAUCCUGAGCAACCCAUGGCUAUUUGAACCACUUAUAAGCAGGUUUAUGGAGAGAAAUCCCCUAACCAAUGCAAUAAUCAGGACCACCACGGCACUCACCAUAUUCAAAGCAGGGGUCAAGGUGAAUGUCAUCCCCCCAGUGGCCCAGGCCACAGUCAACUUCCGGAUUCACCCUGGACAGACAGUCCAAGAGGUCCUGGAACUCACGAAGAACAUUGUGGCUGAUAACAGAGUCCAGUUCCACGUGUUGAGUGCCUUUGACCCCCUCCCCGUCAGCCCUUCUGAUGACAAGGCCUUGGGCUACCAGCUGCUCCGCCAGACCGUACAGUCCGUCUUCCCGGAAGUCAAUAUUACUGCCCCAGUUACUUCUAUUGCCAACACAGACAGCCGAUUCUUUACAAACCUCACCACCGGCAUCUACAGGUUCUACCCUGUCUACAUACAUCCUGAAGACAUCAAACGCAUGCAUGGAGUCAACGAGAAAAUCUCAGUCCAAGCCUAUGAGACCCAAGUGAAAUUCAUCUUUGAGUUGAUUCAGAAUGCUGACACAGACUAGGAGCCAGUUUCUCACCUGCACAAACUGUGAGGUCAAGGGGCCUGCUGGGUUAGGCAUGCCCGACCCCGGGAUGGGACUAACCCAAGGGGGAAAGCUAGUGUUGAUGAAACUUUUGAUCAAAACCACAUUGUAAAACAUUACCCAUCUGUCUUACUCACUCUUAAACUCACCCAAGAACAAGGCCGGGGUAAGGUAAAGCCAGCAGAAAUCUGGCUUCUCCCUUCCUCCCUACAUCUGCAUCCCUUGAUCCACUGGCAUUUGCUGCCCUCUUGUCCCUUAUCUGUCUUAUGAUGGUUAUUUCACUGCUUCGCCUUCCAGGCUUGACUUAACAAAUGUAGAUUUGAGAAAUCUCAACCAGGUGUUACCUAAUAGGAGUCUUUAAUUUAGGGCACACCUGCUGGGAUGCUUUCUCCAGAGCUUAUAUAUUUCUUCUUACUAGACCUUUCUUCCCCCUUUUAUUCCCCUCUCUUCUUGGACUCAUGAGCUGUCUCUUCAUCUCUCCUCUCUCCCCUGCAUCUCUUCCCUUACUCUCCAAUUUAUUCUGCUUCUGGACCUGGACUUACCCAAACUGUGAUACUACCAUAAUUGUUACCAUAAUCAGUCAAAUAAAGUGAUUGUGCAUCA